CGCGCAGGCAGGUCCCGCGCUGCCCCGCGGGAGGGGCCUACCGGUCCCCAUCCUUAAAGCACGAGUCCGGACGCUCCGCCUGUUGGAGAGGGCGCCUGGCUGUGGACAGCCAACAGCCGGGGCGGGCCAGGGCCGACCGAGGAGGGCCUGAGGCUACGGAGCCGCUGCGGCUGGCACACGAGCGUCUCGGCCCGGACCAAGUGGUUGCGGGAGCUGUGAGGGGAGGCGUGGUGGGCGCCAUUGCUGCCCGUCAGAACGCCGCGGGGGUCCCCGUCAGCCCUAGCCGCUCUCCCCUGGCUGAGAGGAACCGUCGCCAGUCCCCGGCCCGGUCUCCUGAAUCGGGUGCCUCCUCUGCCAUCCCUGCGGAGACCAUGUUUGACAAGACGCGGCUGCCGUACGUGGCCCUCGAUGUGCUCUGCGUGUUGCUGGCUGGAUUGCCUUUUGCAAUUCUUACUUCAAGGCAUACCCCCUUCCAACGAGGAUUAUUCUGUAAUGAUGAGUCCAUCAAGUACCCUUACAAAGAAGACACCAUACCUUAUCCGUUAUUAGGUGGAAUAAUCAUUCCAUUCAGUAUUAUCGUUAUGAUUGUUGGAGAAACCCUGUCUGUUUAUUUUAGCCUCUUGCACUCGAAUUCCUUUAUCAGGAAUAACUACAUAGCCACUAUUUACAAAGCCAUUGGAACAUUUUUAUUUGGUGCAGCUGCUAGUCAGUCCCUGACUGAUAUUGCCAAGUAUUCGAUAGGCAGACUGCGGCCUCACUUCCUGGAUGUUUGUGACCCAGACUGGUCAAAAAUCAACUGCAGUGAUGGUUACAUUGAAAACUACAUAUGUCGAGGGAAUGCACAAAAAGUGAAGGAGGGCAGACUGUCCUUUUAUUCGGGCCACUCUUCAUUCUCCAUGUACUGCAUGAUGUUCGUGGCACUUUAUCUUCAAGCCAGAAUGAAGGGAGACUGGGCAAGACUUUUACGCCCUACACUGCAAUUUGGUCUUGUUGCUGCGUCCAUUUAUGUGGGCCUUUCUCGAGUUUCUGAUUACAAACACCACUGGAGUGAUGUGUUGACUGGACUCAUUCAAGGAGCUCUGGUUGCAAUAUUAGUUGCUGUAUAUGUAUCAGAUUUCUUCAAAAAGAGAAAUUCUCCUUUUAAAGAAAGAAAAGAGGAGGAUUCUCAUACAACUCUGCAUGAAACACCGACGACAGGGAAUCACUAUCGGAACAGUCACCAGCCUUGAAGGUGGCAGAGUGCCCAGAUGAAGCUGGCCUGCUUUCUAAAGAAAAAUGAUUGCAACCAGAAGGCAAGAGGAUGCGUCUUUCUUCCCGGUGUACAAGCCUGUAAGGGACUGCUGCUACUAUACCUCUUGGAUGCCUACUUUACCUGUGUGUAUAUAGUUACAUUUAACACAAUGGUUAUCUAAUAGCUGUAAGUUCAUUUAAAAAAAUUUCAACGGCCUUUCACUAAACAAUGCCCCCCCUGUACAUUUUUUUAUUAAAAAAUGUAACGCUCA